CCUGGAGUUAAAUGGGUUCCAGCAGCGACCGCUCAGGCACGCCGGCAGGUGAGGAUGGAGAGGUAUAUGAACGCUUUGCGCUCAUCAGAGCUGGAGUUCUGGGUUUGGUUUUUGUGCUUGCAACAUGUGGCAAUCUUUUCUUCUUGGGAGUACUUUGGAAGAAGCGAAAAAGAAAUACGAAGACCCAGCUGUUCCUGUUGCACCUGUGCUUGGCUGAUCUGGUGGUCGCGUUUUUCCAAGUCCUGCCGCAGUUUCUCAUGGAGAUUACGCACAGGUUCCGAGGCACGGACUUCCUGUGCCGGUCCGUAAAGUACUUGCAGGUGGUCGGGAUGUUUGCCUCCACGUACAUGAUCGUGGCCAUGACCAUAGACCGGUACCACGCGGUUUGUAAGCCCAUGGUUUCCUUCUUAAAGGGCUCGUUUAGGAGAUACCUCUCCAUAGGCGCAGCGUGGCUCAUCUCUCUCGUCUUCAGUUCUCCUCAGAUCUCCAUCUUCUCUCUGCAGGAGGUGGAGGAGAACCAGUUCGACUGCUGGGCUUCGUUUAUUGAACCGUGGGGGAGCAGGAUCUACAUCACCUGGAUCACCCUGUCAGUGUUCGCCCUGCCUGCAGUCAUCGUGCUCUACUGCCAAAUUAGAAUAUGCACAACGAUCUACUUCAACAUGAAGAGGAAGGCGCUGCAGGCAGGGCGCGCCGGCACCAAGGGGGUGUCCAACGCCAUGCUGAAGACUGUGAAGAUGACGUUUGUUAUUAUAAUGACAUAUACAGUGUGUUGGAGCCCUUUCUUUAUUGUCCAGCUGUGGUCUGCAUGGAGCCCCAGCAGCGCGCCGACACAAGGUCCUGUGUUUGCCAUCAUCAUGCUGCUGGCCAGCCUCAACAGCUGCACCAACCCCUGGAUCUAUCUCUACUACAGUUAA